UUCGCGCAGCCGCCCGCGCGGCUGCGAGUUGGCGCGUCGCGCAGGCGGCGGCGGCAUGGGGCUGAGCCGGGUGCGGGCAGUCUUCUUCGACUUGGACAACACGCUCAUCGACACGGCCGGGGCGAGUCGGAAGGGCAUGUUGGAGGUGAUAAAGCUCUUACAAUCAAAAUACCAUUACAAAGAAGAGGCUGAAAUCAUCUGUAACAAAGUUCAAGUUAAACUCAGCAAGGAAUGUUUUCAUCCUUCUAAAAGCUGCAUUACUGACCUCAGGACUUCACACUGGGAAGAAGCAAUCCAGGAAACAAAAGGUGGUGUGGCCAAUAGGAAAUUAGCUGAAGAAUGUUAUUUCCUAUGGAAAUCUACACGUUUACAGCAUAUGACACUAGCAGAAGAUGUCAAAGCCAUGCUCACUGAACUUCGAAAGGAGGUCCGCCUACUUUUAUUAACAAAUGGAGAACAACAGACCCAGAGGGAGAAGAUCAAGGCUUGUGCCUGUCAGUCCUAUUUUGACGCUAUUGUUGUAGGUGGAGAGCAGAAAGAGGAGAAACCGGCACCUUCCAUAUUUUAUUACUCCUGUGAUCUCCUUGGAGUACAGCCUGGGGACUGUGUGAUGGUUGGUGACACACUAGAAACCGAUAUACAAGGAGGCCUCAAUGCAGGGCUGAAGGCAACAGUCUGGAUAAAUAAAAAUGGAAUGGUGCCAUUGAAGUCAUCCCCCAGGCCGCAUUAUAUAGUUUCUUCUGUGCUAGAGUUACCUGCUGUCUUACAAAGUAUAGACUGCAAAGUCAGUGUGUCUGCUUAAAGCACAAAAAAGGGUAUGCUUACGAGUUUUAGGGUCAAAUUACAGGGUUUGAACUAAGAAAAGUUAAGGCAUUCUAUAUACUAUGACCCAGUUCUAAGGAUAAUUAUACUUGUCAUGUAAUGGCCAACCAACCGUUGACUGGUAUUUAUAUCUGAAAAUCCAGAUUACAUUAUUACAAGUUAUUUUUAGUCGUGUAACCCAGAAGACUUGAGGAAGUAUAUUUGUUAAUCUGUGGCUUGAGAUUUUUUUAAAAAAUUAUUUUGUUAAUCUCUUAGCAUCUUGGAUCUAUGAAGAUACCAAGGAGGAUAACUUAUACAUUGAUGCACAAAUACAGAUUUUAUGUUUUGGCUUAAAAAUAGGUAUUUUUUAAAAAAUAGAUGUUCUAAAACAUAUAUACUAGAGAUUUGUUAGAGCAGUUGGAUCUGGUUAUUAUAAGUACCAACUCACUUGCAAAUCAAGGCAUUUCACAGUGAAAUUAUUUUCAUAUUUUCUGUUUCAAAAACAUGCACCAUAUUUUUGCCUACUUUGAAUGUAUACUUCUCUUAUGAAUCUAAUUUUUCUGCAUUACCUUUGGGGCGUGGGGGGGAUAAUUUUCCUAUGGUGUGUACAUGACCAAUAAAUUCCUCCAGUAAAAAAGCUGUUAAAAUCAGCAUAUGGUGCUCCUUUUCCAUUACAUUUUCACAUCUUUCCAGGGUGAGCUUAUAGGUUCCUGUUAGUCUUUGCCUCUUAUGGAAGUACUUUUACUAAUCUUUUCCCAGGUACGCAGUGAGGUUGAGGGACCAGUCUGUCUUGCUGUGGAUGAGUGCAAGCCACAUGGCCCCAGAAGUCACUUUCCUGGGAGUUGCCUUGGUGUGGCCUAAUCAUGCUGCCCCCCAUCUGUUGUCUGCUGACUGGAUAGUUUCACCCAUAUGAUGAAAACUAAUAGAAAAUUAGGUUUUGCUAUGAACCAUUUCCGGAGUGCCAUUUUAAUAGUUGACUGGCUCUUUUUGGUGUUACCAUCUGCCUUAAGUCUCCUGUUUUUCAAAUUUUGGGAACUAUGUCAUUGUUUCACAAAUUUCUAUAUCCAUUUCAGAGUUUGCUUUGAGCUUAGUAAUUAAAACUCCAUAGGGAGGCAUCUUACAACUAGAAAAAUUUCUCAAGACCAUUAGGCCAGAAAGUCUCAUGAUUUCACCAGCCAAACUUAGAGUAAAAUGGUUAAUUAAGGAAAAAAGAAAUAAUGAUUAGGGUUGUUUUUUGGUAGGGUGUUUUUUUUUAACUUUUGUAUAGGAAACUACUAGUGUAAGAUGUUCGGUAGUUGGGGUGUAUUUAGCUAGGGCUCCUUCAAGUAUUCUACGAAGAACAGGAUUCUCUGCCGUUGUGCAUGUGCCUGUUGCACUUCUCACUCUUAAUUUUUAAAAAUGUGAUUGUGCCCUUGACUGUUCGCUCUGAAGCUGAACAUUUGUGGACAGGGAAUGUUUGUGUAUAGCUCUUCCAGGUACGGUGUCCACGUGACCUCAAUUAUAUUGUAGCUAUUUGAAAAUUGUUAAGUUGGAGGAUGUUGACAGGAAAAAUAGUUGCGUGCAUGAUUUCUCCAGUGGGCUGAGCGUGAUGCUGAGAGCUUGUCCUUUCAGCUCACCCACAGGAUGGGUCUAGACACAGCGCGUUCACUGUGCUCACUGAGAAGGCUCAUUGCUCCCAGAUCAUGGCAGCAGAUCUCCUAGGAUGUUAUGUGAGCAGUUCGUCAGCAAAAGUGAUCUGGCGGGGAAUGAAAUAAUUGAGUUUUUUGUAAUGUAAUAUUACAUUCCAUUUGCACUUUUCCUUAGGGAAGAACUUUGUGGUUUUCUGCCUUCUGAGUGGAAUGUUACAGAA